UUCUUUUUCUUGAGCGGCCACUUGAGAGAUCCCAUGAUUGUUGUCGAUGGCCAAUCAAAUGCUGUCAAAUGUCAAAUCAAAAUAUCUUGAGCUAAUUCUAUUAGAUUACAAUUCGAUUUUUUUUUGCACUUCCACAUUUAGACUAGACUAUUAUCUAGAGCUAACUGCAAUACCCUACUGAGGUGUUAAAAAACAGAGUAACUUGAAAACUGCCCAACAGAUAUACUGUAUUUAGCUUGGGGGUGUUGUGAUUUAAUCGUUUUGGGGAUUUUGAACUGACCAAAUCAAUCAACAGCGAAAUAAAUGCGGAAAUUAACAUCGAGUUGUCACAAUGGAGGAGUCGUCAUAGGAACGUGAAAAAACAAGCUGCGCUACGAAAUUUAAAGAUGCAUUUGCAAGAGCAGAUCUCUUGCUGACAAUUUGUUUGCACAUUCAGGCGAAUUAGCCUACCGAUAACCAUGAACAAAGCUGAUUAUUUGGCUUUUCCCGCAGUUGUUGGGACGACGGGACAGUACAAUAACAUGAGAAAAAUGUGGGACGGUCAGCACUACAAAUACCAUGUUGACAGGAUGGGAAAAACUAAACCAAUGGUGGACAACAAAGCUCCCAGGACAUACUUGCACUGUCAUCUAAAACUGAAGAAAAUUCAGAUGGAGCAGGAGCGCCUGAUGGAGCUGGAAAGGGACAACCGUCUGCUGGUGUCCAGGAUCGCCCGCACUAUGGGCACCAAGGGAGGCCUGGACAACUGGAACACUUAUCAAACUAAACACAGUGUAAAUGCAGACCUGAGGAACCGUGAGCUGGUGAAGGAAUCUCUGGAAAACCAGGCUAUUCUGAAGAAAAUCGACAUGACCAAGUCUGUUUACGACCACAGAAAAUGGUUAAAUGACUUCAAGGUUGUCUUUAGGUUACCAGAGGUUAUGUGAACCGACUAAUGAAGUAUCCAGAGCCUCCCAUGCCAACCAAGAAGCACAGGGUUAGUAGCACCGCUUCCUCUUAGAUGAUUACUGUAACUCAGACUGCCUUACAGGAAAAACAUCGGAAAUGUUUAUGCACAUUCUUCAGAUAGGUGGCUUGCAGUUUUCCCUAGGGAUGGGCAGAGUGAUUAGUAGAGUGAUACUUUCAUUCAGCCAUGUGUCUUCACAGUGCAUGUUUUAAAUGUGUCAGCCUUGCAUGUUUUAUGCUACGUCUACAUUAAUCAGCAUAAUUGAAAACUGCGUUUUUGUUUUAAAAUGCCGUCUGGCCACACUGUUUUUUAUUUUGUUGCUUGUUCACACUGAAAAAUCUGAAAACACUUAUGUCUCUACUACGCAAUGAGUAAAACUUAAGGUGCUUCAAAAUGCGUGAUUUCCUUCAGGCUUUUAUUUAUUUAUUAUUAUGUACAACCCCAAUUCCCAAAAAGUUGGGAUGUUAUGUGAGACGUAAAUAAAAACAGAAGGCAAUGAUUUGCAAAUCUCAAACGCAUGUAAUUCACAAUAGAUAAUUGAAAACAUAACAAAUGUUUAAACUUAGGAAAUGUAAAAUGUUAAGGAAAAAAUAUGGCAAUUUGGAAUAUGAUAGCCGCAACAGCAAUCAAGAAAGUUGGGACGGGGGCAAUAAAAAAAAGGCUGGAAAAAGUAAGUGCUACUAAAAAUAAACAGCUGGAGGAACAAUUUGCAACAAUUAGGUUAAAUGUAAACAUGUCAGUAACAUGAUUGGGUAUAAAAAGAGUAUCUUAGGGAGGCAGAGUCUCUCAGAAGUAAAGAUGAGCAGAAGUUCACCAAUCUGCGAAAACCGGCAUCUACUGUACAUAUUGUGGAACCAUUUCAGAAUAAUGUUCCUCAACGUAAAAUUGCAAAGACUUUGAAUAUAUCAACAUCUACAGUACAUAAUUUAAACAAUUAAUCUGAGAAUCUGGAGAAAUCUCUAUGUAUAAGGGACAAGGGGAAAAAUAAAUUCUUCAUGCCUGUGAUUUUCAGGCACUCUGCAUAAAAAAACUGGCUUAGAAACAUCUACAGAACUCUUUGUCUGUGAACAGUUUGCUACGCCAUCCACAACCGCAGGUUAAAGCUCUAUCAUGCAAAGAACGCACAUGUGAACAAUGAUCCAGAAACAUUGCCAUCUUCUCUGGGCUAAAACUCAUUGAAAAUUUACUGAGGCAAAGUGGGAAUACUGUUCUGUGGUCAGACAAAUUGAAAUAAUUUUUGAAAACCUUGGACGCUGCGUCCUCUGGAUUAAAAAGGAGAAGCACCAACCAGCUUUUUAUUAGUGCUCAGUUCAAAAGCCUGCAUUUCUGAUGGUAUGGGGGGGGCAUUAGUGCCUAUAAAAUGAGUUUCUGAAUGAGGAAGUGAUGUCUAAACUGAAGACCCGCCUUGACGAUCCACUGACAAGAUUGCAUUUCCAUUUGAAUUUUGCACCAAAAAGAGCGUGGUGACACGUAUGUUAAUUAAUGCAAUAGACUGGGGGCGCUGUUUUGCUGCCCCACAUUGAAUUGCUAUUUGAAAAAUGCAUUGCCAUUUGAAUAGAGUCGAAAAAACCUUGACAAUAUGAAAUGCAAUGUAAUAAGCGUUCAUUCAAAAUGUUAUUCAAAAUAGUACUCACUGAAUUGUGGAUUACAUUGUCAUUUGCAUAUUGAAUUGCCAUUUGACAACUGCUUUUCCAUUUGAAUUGAGGAUUGCAAUGCCACUUUGUACAUUGAAUUGUAUGGAGCUAAAUCAGGGCCAAAUUCUUUUUUAUUUGAAAAUAUAUAUAUAGUUGAAA